UCAGGUUGCAGAGGAGUUUGCUUUGCUCUGUGUCGCUGUGUAGUUCCCUCGGGAGGCAGAAGCUGUGGCAGAAGCUGUCCACAACGCAGGCACUGGCUGGCACUCACCAGAAAUAGCUGGGAGAGAUGCCACACUAAUCCUUUCAGCAUCAAACAAGCAGCAGACAAAUUCAUACAGCUGCCUGAAGUAAGACCUGACAAUAGAGGUUAGGAAGGUGCAGUUCUUUCUGUUCCACUCCUUAAGAUGACAGUAGCACCCACCUGUGACAAGCAUGAUUGGGAAGAUUGAGUCAAUGGUGAGAUAGCUCUGAAUUUACACCACUGUGCAACAGGAGCUGAGGGAGCAGCUGCCUCAAACAGGAGGUGAAGAGGUUUUGAAGCUACUUCAUGUCCCUAGGAGCCACAUGGAAAAGAUGAGGCACAAUGGAUACAAGUUACUUCUGGGGAGAUUCCAGUUGGACACAAGAAGAAAGCUUCACAAUGAGAGCAAUCAAGCCAACACUGGACACUUCUAGGAUCCAGAUGUACAGGUUUGUGGACCAUCUUAUCCAGCUUGUGCUUCCUCCACCCCAGAAGAAAAAAGGUUGGACCAGGUGAUCCUUGAGGUCCCUUAUAACCUGGGAUGCUGUGAAUAUCUGAUUUGCAACUCAUUGACUUGUCCUGGUGGUGUUAGUGCAACCAUAACAGAUUAGAGUCUUUGCCAGGGUAGAGCCAGUGUUUGCUUUCCUCAGAAGAGUCGCUGGCUAGGAUGACCAGCUUCUUUGUUUCAUUGUUCCCUGUCAGAUCAUUUCUGAAGCCUGUGUGUUCCCAGGAUCUAUUUACUGCUUCCCACAUCUCUCUGAAGGCUGCAUCUUAGGAACUUGUUUUCAUCUGCGUAGGAUCCACCAUCUUGUGGACCUCUGUUUGUGAAAUUAGGGUGGGGAGAGCAGGUGGAGAUGGUUAAUCACGAGAAGAGCAAAAGCGAGUGUGAGAGGGGUGAGAACAAACACCAGGUUGAAACUGAGAGCCGAGCAUGCUGAGGGAGCAGAUGGAGGAAGGAGCCACUUGGGACAGAACUCGUACAAGUGUCCAGCUCUCCCCUGAGAAUGGUGGAAAGUAAAUAUAGGAGUUCCUGAAAAAUAACAGUGUGAAUGAGGGAGACUCUCUGCAGCAUUUAGCGUCCAGUUGUACUGGCUCCGAAAAGCAGCAGCGUCGCAAUGCCCCCUCCUGCUGAUAUAGUGAAGGUGGCGAUCGAAUGGCCAGGUGCCUUCCCCAAGUUGAUGGAAAUAGAUCAAAAAAAGCCACUCUCCUCAAUAAUAAAGGAAGUCUGUGAUGGGUGGUCGCUUGCAAACCACGAUCAAUUCGCACUGCAGCAUGCUGAUAGCUCCAAUUUCUACAUCACAGAGAAGAAUCGCAAUGAAAUAAAAAAUGGAGCAAUCCUUCGAUUAACAACAUCUCCAGCUCAGAAUGCACAGCAGCUCCACGAGAGGAUCCAGUCUUCUAGUAUGGAUGCAAAGUUAGAGGCACUGAAAGACUUAGCCAACUACUCAAGGGAUGUGACAUUUGCUCAGGAGUUUAUCAACCUGGAUGGUAUUUCCCUCCUAACACAGAUGGUUGAAAGUGGCACAGAACGCUAUCAGAAAUUGCAGAAGAUAAUGAAGCCCUGCUUUGGAGAUAUGUUGUCCUUUACACUGACUGCAUUUGUUGAGCUGAUGGAUCAUGGGAUUGUAUCGUGGGAUACAUUCUCUGUGGCAUUCAUUAAAAAGAUAGCAAGCUACGUGAACAAGUUCGCCUCGGACAUCUCCAUCCUGCAACGAUCGCUGGCGAUCCUGGAGUCCAUGGUGCUCAACAGCCAUGACCUCUACCAGAAGGUGGCCCAGGAGAUCACAAUUGGGCAACUAAUCCCACACCUGCAGGGGACAGACCAAGAGAUCCAGACAUAUACCAUUGCAGUAAUAAAUGCACUUUUCCUUAAAGCACCAGAUGAUAAGAGACAGGAAAUGGCAAACAUUCUGGCACAGAAGCAGCUUCGCUCCAUCAUCUUAACUCACGUUAUCAGGGCACAGAGGGCCAUCAACAACGAAAUGGCACACCAGCUUUACGUUCUGCAAGUGCUUACCUUUAACCUUCUGGAAGACAGAAUGAUGACAAAGAUGGAUCCACAGGAUCAGGCUCAACGAGAUAUCAUAUUUGAACUGCGAAGGAUUGCUUUCGACGCAGAGUCUGAGCCUAACAACAGUAGUGGCAGUAUGGAGAAACGCAAAUCCAUGUACACCAGGGACUACAAGAAGCUUGGAUUCAUCAAUCAUGUCAACCCAGCAAUGGAUUUUACACAGACACCUCCAGGGAUGCUAGCCCUUGACAACAUGCUCUACUUUGCCAAACACCACCAGGAUGCUUAUAUCCGGAUUGUCCUGGAGAACAGCAGUCGAGAAGACAAGCAUGAGUGCCCCUUUGGUCGUAGUAGCAUUGAGCUGACAAAGAUGCUGUGUGAGAUACUCAAAGUAGGAGAGCUCCCGAGUGAGACCUGCAACGAUUUCCACCCCAUGUUCUUCACCCAUGACAGAUCCUUUGAGGAGUUCUUCUGUAUCUGCAUUCAGCUCUUGAACAAGACUUGGAAGGAAAUGAGGGCAACUUCAGAGGACUUCAACAAGGUGAUGCAGGUAGUGAAAGAACAGAUAAUGAGAGCUCUCACUACCAAGCCUAGCUCUCUGGAUCAGUUCAAGAGCAAGCUUCAGAACCUCAGCUACACAGAAAUACUGAAAAUACGACAGUCAGAGAGAAUGAACCAGGAGGACUUCCAGUCUCGUCCCAUUCUGGAACUGAAAGAGAAGAUUCAGCCUGAGAUCUUGGAACUGAUCAAGCAGCAGCGUCUCAACCGGCUGGUGGAGGGCACCUGCUUUAGGAAGCUCAACAGUCGGCGUCGGCAAGACAAAUUCUGGUACUGUCGGCUUUCGCCUAACCACAAGGUCUUGCACUACGGAGACUUGGAAGAAAGCCCCCAGGGAGAAGUGCCCCAUGACUCCUUGCAAGAUAAAUUGCCAGUGGCAGAUAUAAAAGCUGUUGUGACUGGGAAAGACUGCCCUCACAUGAAGGAGAAAGGAGCUCUUAAACAAAACAAGGAGGUGCUCGAGCUUGCUUUCUCCAUACUGUAUGACUCCAGUGGCCAGUUGAAUUUCAUUGCUCCAGACAAGCAUGAGUACUGCGUGUGGACUGACGGGCUGAACGCCCUGCUGGGCAAGGACAUGCUGAGCGACCUGACGCGCAACGACCUGGACACCCUGCUCAGCAUGGAGAUAAAGCUGCGCCUCCUCGACCUGGAGAACAUACAGAUCCCAGAUGCUCCCCCACCCAUCCCAAAGGAGCCCAGCAACUACGAUUUUGUUUAUGACUGUAACUGAGGCAGCCACCGAGGCUCGCUGGCAAACUGGAAAUGCUAUAACUGGAGAGAGGUUAAAAACGUCACAGAGCGUGAAGGGAAAGAGCAAAACAAAGAAACCCACUCGUGCACCUUGGAUUCUGGCUUUGGAGAGGAGUGUGGAAACACCUGCAUUCCUACCUUGUUCCCUGCACCCCUUUCCUUCCCCAUUCCCAUCUUGUCAUAGAAUCGACCAGCUUGGAAGAGACCUCCAAACUCAUCCAGCCCUAUCCAAUCAACCAGACCAUGGCACUAAGUGUCUCAUCCAGUCUUGUCUUCAACAGCUCCAGGGAUGGCGACUCCACUACCUCCCUGGGCAGCUCAUUCCAAUGCCAGUCACUCUCUCUGACAAGAACUUCCUCCUAACCUCCAGCCUAGACCUCCCCUGGCACAACUUGAGACUGUGUCCCCCCAUUGCUCAUCCAAACCCAUGCUGCUUUACUGAACUGGUGAGUGCAGGGCGCUGGCCUCACUGCAGGCAAGAGGCUGCCACUCAGAAGCACCCUCCCGAGGAACCUUUUUUACCUUUUUAAUACCGGAAUAGACAAUUCUUAACUAAAGGAUGAGGCUACCAAAACUGCAUGCCUGUGACACCCACUUGGCAGGGCAGAGGCUUUAACUGGAAGCAGUGAGGGAGGCAGGGAGCAGAAGCAGCUACUGUUAAGCAGAAGGUCACCCAAGAGUCCGCUCGCGACCGGAUCCCCACGCGGCACCGACUGCCGCCGACCGCUCCCCAGCGCUUGCACCGCCAUUCUUCUUGCCACCGUCACCUCGACUCUUUGCCACCAGCAUUCACCCAUCCGAUGGGCUCCCAGGACAGAAGGUCUGCAGAUAUUUUUUGUUGGUUGGUUGUUCUUUUCUUUGCUGUACCAUACACUGCCACAGCUUUGGAACUUCUUUUCCUCCCAGCUCCUAACUAUAGCCCCACGCUGGCAGAUCGCUUGCACCAGCUGCGUGUGAAGCCUCCGGUGUGUGUCCCAUGCCUCUAAGCAUCCCCAAAAUUGGCUUGGCUCUAUCCAAAAGUGGAAGUCUCUUUUCCCCCUUGGUCCAAAGUUUCAACAGUCAUUUCCACAGCUGCCAAACACAUCCAGGUUUACGUUGGUGUCAUUGCUACAGCGUUAGGAACUCACAAAGGAUUUGGGUUUGGGUUUUUGUUACGGGUUCUGAUUUUGUUCUCUUUUAUUUCCUUGUUUAAUUUUAUUUUGCCAACCAAAUAUAUUUAAUGAAAACUAAUUUCAUGGUGAGUACUUUUGGGUUUAUUUUUUUUUGGGGGGGGGGGGAGGGGUGGAAGCAGUGUUUUUACUUAAUUUUCUUCUUCCAUUUGGAACGUUAGCCCUGAAGGGGAAAAAAUGACCAACAACUGAAUAAAUAAAUCAUGUUUUCCUUCAACUUCACUGUUGAAUAAAAA